UGUUUUUCUCAGAUUUGAGGAACUUCAUCCCAGUUGGCCAUGGCGAACAAUGCAGAAGAUGUUGAAAAUAACACGGACCAACAGGAGACCAGUGCCUCUCCAGAACCAGCCCCCCCACAGUCUUCCGAGUCCGGGCUGAGGUCCAGAGGAGGGUCUGGGGCGGGGGACAGAGGCGGAGGAGGUGAUGGAGGGGGAGGAGGAGGAGGAGGAAGGAGGAGGGGAGGAGGAGGGGAGGCUCCGGAGCAGAAUGGACAGCCUCCAGCGGUGACUAACCCCCCUCGAGUAGUGGAAGCCGAAGAGGAAGAGGAUGAGGAGAUGACCCUAAAAUAUGGAGCUAAACACGUCAUCAUGCUCUUUGUCCCCGUGACUCUGUGCAUGGUGGUCGUCGUGGCAACCAUCAAGUCUGUGAGCUUCUACACCCAGAACGAUGGGCAGAGGCUGAUUUACACUCCAUUCCCAGAGGACACAGAAACAGUGGGACAGAGAGCGGUGAACUCCAUUUUAAAUGCCACCAUCAUGAUCACUGUCAUCAUCGUCAUGACAUUGGUGCUGGUGCUGCUCUACAAGUACCGCUGCUACAAGGUGAUCCAAGGCUGGCUGUUCCUCUCCUCUCUCCUUUUACUGUUUUUCUUCUCCUACAUCUACCUCAAGGAGGUUUUUAAGACCUACAACUUGGCAAUGGACUUCUUGACGAUUGCGUUGAUAAUCUGGAACUUUGGAGUGGUGGGCAUGAUGUGUAUCCACUGGAAGGGCCCCCUGAGGCUGCAGCAGGCCUACCUCAUCAUGAUCAGUGCCCUCAUGGCUCUGGUCUUCAUCAAGUACCUGCCCGAGUGGACUGCCUGGCUCAUUCUCGCUGUCAUCUCUGUCUAUGAUCUGUUGGCAGUGCUCUGUCCCAAAGGUCCUCUCAGGAUCCUUGUGGAGACGGCUCAAGAGAGGAAUGAACCCAUCUUCCCAGCGCUCAUCUACUCUUCGACAAUGGUGUGGCUUGUGAACAUGGCCGACACUGAUGGACAUACAAGGAACUCAACAGGAUCAGCACCACAACAAGAAGCUCAACCAGCUGUGGCGUCUCCAGAUCCCUCCAGCCCAUCCCAGGAUGAUGGGGGCUUUACGUCAAACUGGAUCAAUCAGCAGGAGCACCAGCUCGGCCCUCUCCAGUCCACAGAGGAGACACGGAGAGAGAUACAACAGAUGCCCUCCGCACGACCCCCUACCGAAGAUGACGAUGAAGAACGGGGUGUCAAGCUAGGACUAGGAGACUUCAUCUUCUACAGUAUGCUGGUGGGAAAGGCCUCAGCAAAUGGAGACUGGAACACAACGCUGGCCUGUUUCGUCGCCAUACUUAUUGGCCUGUGUCUGACCCUCUUACUGUUGGCUAUCUUUAAAAAAGCCCUCCCCGCUCUCCCCAUCUCCAUAUUCUUCGGUUUGGUGUUCUACUUCGCCACAGACAACUUGGUACGGCCCUUUAUGGACAAACUGGCGCUACAUCAGUUCUACAUUUAGCAGGACGCUGGCUUUGAAACCCACCUCACCUCAAGUCCUCAACACAACAUACACUGCUCUCUCUCUUUCUCUCUCUCUCUGUCUCUCUCACUCUCUCUCUCUGGCCCUAACUCAACAACAUGAGAGCGCCCCCUGCAGCCUGGAGGGGAAAAGACAUUGGGGCGGCAUAUGGACCCAUCCCGCUGCAACAUUUAUCUGUGAGAACUGACUGGGACACAAGAUUUUGUUGAUCCUUUUUCUUUGCCACCGUUGUUCUUAAUUUUAUAUUUUAAAAGACUUUUUUUUUCAGUCGUGAGCUAGGUCCGAGAGUUUGCCACCGGGCUUGUUUUUUGGUUGACAAGAUCUAGUGGGAUCCAAUGCGGAAUACUGGGAGUGUUUUGCUUUUAUUUAACAAGGGAGACUUUAUAAAGGCUCCUCCCUACGCUUCACAACCACCAAGUCAUCGCUGGAAAUUGAACCAUUUCUUUCUACUGUCGGCGAGUGAGCGGCUCUACUAACGCGGGUGGGGGUUUGCAGUAGGUGCCUUGCUCAGGGACACUCUGGCGGUUAAGCUGUUAUAACAAAGGGAGACCAUUCCAUUGAGUCUUUCCUUAAUAAUGUAAUAAUUUUUCACUACUCAAAUGUUUUCUGUCAAUUUUUUUAUACCUACAGUUUUAUCACCUCACAAGCUUUUAAUAACUACACUGCUGGCACAAUUGCAAUGACUUAUGAGUUCCUGAGAACUAUUUUGUAGGUUUCUCUCUUUUGGUCAUUGUGCAAAAUGUUAAGACACAAACCACUGCUUUUUUUCUUGAUUUCAAAUGCCUCUUGAACCGUUACCCACUCAAGCAUUACCACUAUAGGCAACUUGGACUAAAAUCUCAAUGAAAGAUUAAGAUCAAAUAGCAUAUUAUACACACAUACAUUGUUUGACCUUCACAGGAAGACUGAAAUAUCAAAACUAAUACAAGAAUCACAUACAUUUUAGAACAUGUUUGUAGAGCUCUCAACUAUAGGGGUAGCUAGUAUAAAAAAAAUGAAGGCCUCAUGGUACUUUUGGAUGCUUGUAAAGGAAAUUAUUUAAUAAACAUUUUUGCGAUUUGCAAAUUGUUACCAUUCAAAUUCCAAUUUCCAUUUCUUUGGAAUAAAUCUCGCAGCCCUUGCUUUAGCACUUUUGCUUUCAAACAAGCAUUAAUUUAAUAAAACAAAGGCUGAAACAUCAAAAUAAUACAAUAUAAUGUCAAAUUUACUAUAAUCUCAUCUCAACAUAAUUUAUUCACUUUUUGAUGUACACAACUCAUUAAGCAAUUUUGCUAAUGCCGUUUCAUAAUUUUGAUUUUGUGUACUUAAUGUUGUACUAUGCAGGUUUCUGGUGGAGGGUCCCCCACCUGCUUCUCUCUAUCAGAGACGUUAUUGCUCCACAGUAUGGCAUUAAACCUGUCUAUCUCCAUGGAGACAAGAUUGAGAUGUCAUCAGGCAAAAUUAUAGGAAAUUAUUUUAUCUGUGGAGAGCUGAGCCAGCUCAUAGUGAUGCAUUUUGAGCAAGAAGAAAAACACAUGCUCUUGAAUACAUACAAGAUGGACAAAUUUAAUGCGUUACUGUGGAAUAUUCAAGGCAAAGCAGUAACAGCUCCAUGGGAACAAGCAAGUGAUGGAAAAGUUACAUAGUGCACCAUUAAAAGAAAGUUUGACCUCACUUUUUUUUUUCAAACUGCACUCAUUAUUUAAUCCUAAUCCUGUAACAAUGAGAAUUAAGGAGGCUUCAUUACUGUAUUCACCACAAUAGGGAGCAACAUUACACACAUUCACAUAUGGCCCAUGGCUUUGUGUACUGACCGACAGAGCUUCAGUGCCUUGCUCACGGGCAACUCUGUAGUGUUUUAAGUGGAUCAGAAAUGUACUUUUUAUUUACAACAUUUCCAUAUGAAGCAACAUUUUUUUUUUGUAAAUGUCCGGGGGAUUGUAAGCUGUGAUCGUGGGGUCACAAAGCUUGCCUGGUGCUGUCCUAACUAUGCUACAUUGAAUUGUAAAAUAAUUUUGACUACACACAAAUUGUGUUGUUUUUACGUUGCCGUGCGUUUCUGCAUUGAUCAUCAAAGCCAGAAAUUAGAUUGGGUGUGAUUGGAAGCUUUAAAAAUCUACAAGGACAUGAUAAUAUAAUGGUGUUAUGCAGAAAUAUAGCAUAGGUAGUACUAGGGCUGGGCAAUAUAACAUAAUAACAAAAUGUGUUGUGUUGUGUUUUUUUUUUUUUUUUUGCAGUAACAGUUUUUAUUUUUAUAAUUUUUUUGUUUGUUUUAUGUUUUUAAGCACAAAUAUUACUUCUACUAUACCAUAAACAAUACCGCCUUAUAGUAAUUACCAUGAAAAAGGCUAAUUUCUUCCUCCAAAAUCUGAACUCUUCUGCAAACUGUUUUUGAUUGAUUGUUAAUUAAAAGAACCAAAGCAUGUCAUGGACAAUUGAAACUACUCAGUCUGUAUUAAAAUUUAAAUUUGAUUCAUUGCACAGCCCUAGGUAUUACAUCAGAUGCCCUUCCAGAGAAAUCUAAUAUUUACAUUUAACUUAAAUUGAACUACUGAAAUUCUGACUUUUCCACAACAUAUUGGCACAUUUGUACGCUUGUCUCAUGUUUAUUCAAUUGCAAAGAAAUUUCUUAAAUGUGAACCAAUGUAGAGAUGGCAUCAACCAAAUAGUACGAUUCUGAAAUGAGGAAAAUAUAAAUUAAUAUUUGAUUACCGUGGUGAUGUAAAAAGUGCACUGACUGUCGUUAAACUCAUCUUUGCAGAGACAAACCCAGAAUGUUUGAUCAGAGUUUUGUAUUCAGUGAUAUGUCGGGGGACUGUCUUUGCUCUGUCUUUCACAUGCAUUUGUGUGUUAUGCAAAAGUUAAAAAGUUGAUUUAUAUUUUGUUCCUUUUUUAAUAAAUGAGACAAAAAUGAA